AUGAAGGUGCAAGGUUGUGAAGUUGAAGCCAUUGGCAUAAACUACAAGAUCCACACAAACAAAACAGAACACCCUUUUAAAAUCUUCAGCAAAUCACCACAACAAGAUAAUACUAAUGGUCAAGAAACAGAAGAUGAGGAAGAAGGAAGAAGAGGUGAAAAAAGUUGCAGUGGAGUGAGGCAUGUGCUCAAGAAUGUGAGUUUUCAAGCAAAACCAUGGGAAAUUCUGGCAAUUGUUGGACCAAGUGGAGCUGGAAAGUCAUCACUACUUGAGAUCUUAGCAGUUGAAGAAACCAUGAUUUUCAGUGCAAGGCUAAGGCUAAAACUUCCUCAACAACAGCUAUGUUCAAGGGUCAAGUCACUGAUUAAAGAGCUUGGACUUGAUCAUGUUGCUGGGACUAGAAUCGGCGAUGAUCGAGUCCGAGGUAUAUCAGGCGGGGAAAGGCGUAGGGUUUCUAUUGGUGUUGAAAUCGUACAUGAUCCAAAAGUUUUGAUUCUUGAUGAACCAACUUCUGGGCUUGACAGUACUUCAGCUUUGCAAAUUAUUGAUAUGCUUAAGGUUAUGGCUGAAACUAGAGGAAGAACUAUAAUACUAAGUAUUCAUCAACCUGGUUUCAGAAUUGUGAAGCUGUUCAAUUCAUUAUUGUUGUUGGCUAAUGGUUCUGUGCUACAUCAUGGGAGUGCUGAUUUACUGAGUUUGAAUUUGAGAUUAAUGGGUCUAGAGCUUCCUCUUCAUGUUAAUGUAGUUGAAUUUGCUAUUGAUUCCAUCGAUACCAUUCAGCAGCAACAACAAUGUCAGGUGGAAACCGAAACGCAGAGGCUAUUGCAAGGGACAAUGCAACAGAAGAAAGGUGAACAACAACCAGGUGAAAGUAAAAUUGGUAAGUUCACUUUGCAGCAGCUAUUUCAACAAUCUAAAGUAAUUGAUGAAGAUAUCAUCAAUAAUAAAGGAACUGGAGUGGAUUUCUCUUAUGAUUUUGCUAAUUCUAGAUUGAGAGAAACUAUGAUUCUAACUCAUAGAUUCUCCAAAAACAUAUUUCGUACAAGAGAGCUAUUUGCAUGUAGGACAAUUCAGAUGCUGAUUUCAGGACUAGUUUUAGGAUCAAUCUUUUGUAACCUCAAAGAUGAUCUAAGAGGAACAGAAGAAAAGGUUGGUCUAUUUGCUUUCAUAUUAACCUUUCUGUUAUCAAGCAGCAUAGAAGCUCUACCAAUUUUUCUACAAGAAAGAGAAAUUCUCAUGAAAGAAACAUCUUGCGGAAGCUACCGCGUGUCCUCUUAUGCAAUUGCAAAUGGACUAGUUUACUUGCCAUUUCUUCUAAUCCUAGCCAUUUUGUUCACAGUUCCUUUAUACUGGCUUGUUGGUCUCAACACAAACUUCACUGCUUUUCUGCACUUUCUGUUACUGAUAUGGCUUAUUCUUUAUACAGCUAAUUCAGUUGUGGUGUGUUUCAGUGCUCUUGUGCCUAAUUUCAUUGUUGGGAAUUCAGUGAUUAAUGGUGUUAUAGGUUCUUUCUUCUUGUUCUCUGGUUACUUCAUAUCAAACCACGAGAUUCCUAAUUACUGGAUAUUCAUGCAUUAUAUAUCACUUUUUAAGUAUCCCUUUGAAGGGUUUCUGAUCAAUGAGUUCUCCAAUUCAAAAAAGUGUUUGGAGUACAUGUUUGGUACAUGUGUGAUGAAAGGUGAGGAUGUGCUUAAAGAAGAAGGGUAUGGAGGAGAAGGUAGCAGAUGGAAGAAUGUUGGUGUCACUGUUGGCUUCAUCAUGGUUUACAGAUUCAUUUCCUAUGUUAUUCUGAGAUACAAAUGCUCAGAGAGAAGGGUCUAG